AUGUUCGAAGGCGAAGCUACGGAUAUUACGGGCCUUGACAUAGUUUUCGAUAGCGGAAGCACCUACACUUACCUCAACAAUGUAGCUUUUGGUGCAAUUUUUGAUUUGAUUGAGCGAUACAACAACAUAAAAGGGCCUUCUUCACAAAAAGGGCCAUUAAUAAAGCAGGUCAAUGAUCCAUCAUUCCAGUUUUGUUGGAAAGGAUCUCAGCCGUUCAUAUGGGUUUUCGACGUCGGCUAUUACUUCAAUCCUCUGGCUUUGAACUUCACUAGCACCAAUGUUCUGUUCCCCAUGGGCAUCGAAUCUUAUCUUAUUAUCUCAGUAAGCAUUUCGUUUCAAGAUAAAUUAGUGUUGUACGAUAACGACAGGCAGCUGGUUGGAUGGGAAUAG